AGUAAAAUGUAGACGUUCCCUAAAGCCUGCCAUCUGUCCAGACCCCGCCCCUCUAUCCAUAUGCGGGAGAGAGCGGGGCGCCUGGAAACCGGUCUGCGCGGCGCUGGAAGACGGGCGCAAAUGGUCAGACUGGGGGAUCCGCCAGGCGUCGGUGCUGCGCUGCUCUCACUGCGGUCCGGUGCGGUCCAGGAGCGCCAGCGGACGCGCUGCAAGUCCGCUUUUAAAGUUUCCUCUCGGAAGUUUUUUGGAUCGGACUCGGCGAUAAGGACUGGGAAGUAUCGGGUCGCGCUGCGACACCUGGUAGUUUGAAAAAGCGAAACUCUGAAGGUAGAAAGUAAUGGCUCGGGAAGAUGGUUUGCCGCUGGGCUGCGGGAGAGCCGGAGGCAGGCUGCUGGCAGUGUGCUCGGUGGCGAUGCUCGGACUUCUCGGGGUAAGUGGGCAGCCCGGCGAGCGGGGCAUGUCAGUCCCGGAGCACGGCUUCUGCCAGCCGAUCUCCAUACCCCUGUGCACUGACAUCGCCUACAAUCAGACCAUCAUGCCCAACCUGCUGGGGCACACGAACCAGGAAGACGCCGGGUUGGAGGUGCACCAGUUCUUCCCGCUGGUAAAAGUUCAGUGUUCGCCCGAGCUGAAGUUCUUCCUGUGCUCCAUGUACGCCCCGGUGUGCACCGUGCUGGAACAGGCUCUGCCCCCGUGCCGGUCGCUCUGCGAAAGGGCUCGGCAGGGCUGCGAGGCGCUCAUGAACAAGUUCGGCUUUCAGUGGCCGGACAGCCUGGCCUGCGAGACUUUCCCGGUGCACGGAGCCGGCGAGCUGUGCGUCGGGCAGAACACUUCCGAGAGGAGCCCCCCCAUCAGCCCCACCGUCUCCGUCACCGACGAUCCUCAUCCGGAGGGCAACGCUGACGGGCGCUUUCGGUGCCCGGCGGCACUGAUGGUCCCGCAGUAUCUGAACUACCGCUUCCUCGGCGAGGAGCACUGCGGCGCCCCUUGCGAGCCCUCCAAGCCGCAUGGCAUGAUGUACUUCAGCCAGGAGGAGCAGAAGUUUGCCCGCAUCUGGAUCGGAAUCUGGUCGAUCCUCUGCUGCGCCUCCACCCUCUUCACGGUCCUCACCUACCUGGUGGACAUGAAGCGGUUUAGCUACCCUGAGCGGCCAAUUAUCUUCCUAUCUGGUUGCUACACGAUGGUGUCUGUUGCUUACAUCGCUGGCUUCCUGCUCGAGGAUCGGGUGGCUUGCAACGAGAGGUUUGACAGCGAGGCCCGUACUGUGGUGCAGGGCACCAAAAAGGAGGGCUGCACCAUCCUUUUCAUGAUGCUUUACUUCUUCAGCAUGGCCAGCUCCAUCUGGUGGGUGGUACUGGCCCUGACCUGGUUCCUGGCGGCUGGCAUGAAGUGGGGCCAUGAGGCCAUCGAGGCUAACUCCCAGUACUUCCACCUGGCCGCCUGGGCCGUGCCGGCCGUGAAGACCAUCGCUGUGCUGGCGGUGGGCCAGGUGGACGGGGACCUUCUGAGUGGUGUCUGCUUCGUGGGCCUCAGCAGUGUGGCGGCCCUCCGCGGCUUCGUCUUGGCCCCGCUGCUCCUCUACCUUGCCCUGGGCACCUCCUUCCUGCUGGCGGGCUUCGUGUCGCUGUUCCGCAUCCGCACCGUCAUGAAACACGGCGGCACCAAGACGGAGAAGCUAGAACGGCUUAUGGUGCGUAUCGGCGUCUUCAGCGUGCUCUACACGGUGCCUGCCGCCGCCGUGGUGGCCUGCUACCUCUACGAGCAGGCAUACCGCGAACAGUGGGAGCAGACGUGGCUCAGUCGGGCCUGCAAGGCCUAUGCGGUACCCUGCCCUCUACAGCGCCCCCUGCAGGCCGUGCCUGAUUUCACAAUCUUCAUGAUCAAGUACCUCAUGACCCUGAUUGUGGGCAUCACCUCAGGGUUCUGGAUCUGGUCCAGCAAAACUCUCAACUCCUGGAGGAAAUUUUACACAAGACUGACCAAUGGUAGACGGGGGGAGACGACUGUGUAAUGCUACCACUACGCUGAAGACCCUGCCCUCCAUACAACCAUACAGACAAACUCAUCUGCAAAGGCAUACUUUGUUUUUAACUGAAGAAAGCCCCCCCCCCCCUUUGUGGAUAUGCGAGAGAAACUCUUUGCUAUAUCCAUGUAAAUAAGCAUUUGUGAAAUUUUGUGAGUAUAUAUUUGUAUUUAAAAAGGAGCUUUUACUAAUUUUUGAAUUGUUACGUCUCAUUCCAAAAAAGGUACUGCAUCUUUUUGCAUAUAUAUAUAUAUAUAUUAUAUAAACAAAAUUUGUGCGUUGUGAAUCAGGACUCCUGGCCUGUGUGUGGUUUGGACAUGAGACCCUCUACCCUGAAGUCACCAGCGCUGAGCCUAUUUCACAGACGAGCACUUCCUGGACACGCGUAGUGUCUAAUGUGGCUGAUUUCUGACCAGUUCUUGUUUUUUGUUUGUCUGAAAAAUAUCCUAAAUACAAUGUGUUUCUUCCAAUAUUGCAAAUCCAAAUGUUUUACCCUGAUUCUCUCCCCCCCCCCAAUGAUUGAAUUAAGGCCAAGUGAGCAUGGCUGGUAAUAAUGCUCCAACUGUAUCCGUGUUUCAUGAUGGAUGCGAUUCCUGGGGUUAAAUGUCAAGGGUCAGAGGUCGCUCGACUACAGAGGGCCGCUUCUGGAAUGUUCUUAGCAAGGGUUGGGAGUCUGACGGCAGAAGCGGCUGGCGAACGUUGGCGUCCACGCUGGGAUGUUGAAUGAUGCCCCGUGUCCGUGUUAUUGUGAGCGGCGUUACGAAGGCCAAGAAUCGGAUGGGGGAGGGACGACGGGGAUUAAAAGUAGUGGAAUUAAACGGGAGAGAAGUUAAAACGGCGAGUUGUUUGCUUCCCCCUUUCCAGAAUUCCAUAAAGUGGAGAUUUUUAUUUUGGCUCGUUUUUUAUCGGUAAGGCUGUGAUUCAUCACCAAUCACUGUGUUUAUCGUAAAAUGUCGGGGCGAUAAGAGUCAGGUAGGCGUCACGCCUAAAAACAAAAACAGUCGUUUUAUUAUCUCUGCCCUUUUCUCACAUUACAAAAACCUGCAUGAGUAAGUCAGUGGCGGCUGUUUCGCCAGGAGUCUGGUGUCCGGCCGGGUUCAGAAACCUGCUUUUUUUUGCAGAACCUUCAGCACAGACAUUGAAUUCUGACAGUGUGACGGCCUUUUACUUCACAUGCACCCUCUCCCCCCCCCCCCCCCAUCAGUCUUUCUGCAUGCUUCCCGUAAAAUGUCAAUUUAAAAUCUUUACACUGUUUUUUAAAUAUUUUCUACACCAUGGAAACCUUUUUUUUUCCAUUCAUGCAGUUCUUUGUUUUCCUGUUAAAGAAUCCUUUAUAUUUAUAGAAAAAAAAAUGGUUUGUAUAUUCCACUCUUGCAUUCUCUGAGAAUAAAAAUUACGACUUUUGUACAAAG